AGCCAGUGGAACAGUACCAUCAACUACUUGAAAAGGUUGGGUAUGGUAGAUUCAUAAUGCUAUAUGGUACACAUGCAUCAGGCAAGUCUACACUGAAAUCAUUCUGGCCAACCUUUGGAAAAGCACUCAGUUGUGAUCACCAAAAACAAUACUUUGCUGCCUGUGAGAAAAUUCAAGAUGCCUCAGAUUUCCUUGUGCAAUUUAGCAAGAAUUCUUGGGAUGAGCAUUCUACAGCUGGAGAGGUUCAUGUCAUUCUUUUCAUUGAUGAAUUUGAUAAGUUACAUGAUGCACCUGAGGAUGUUCAUGAUGAAGUUCUGGAAACUUUCCAUGCAAUUAGAAACAAUUCUCAGGAUUUCAUCAUCAGUGCCAUUGUAGCAGUAGUUAUUGGUACAUUCAGCAUUCUCUAUAUUGACACCAGCUUCAAGACAUCACCUUUCAAUAUAAAGGAAUCAAUCUGGAAUCACAAUCAUUCUCUUGAUCAAGUUCAGGAGCUUUACAAUCAGUUUGCAAGUGACACUAAAAUGAAGAUUGAUCAGGAAGUCAUUGAGGACAUCUAUUUUCAGACCAAUGGACAUGCUACUCUUUAUCUUGUAUGUUUAUGUGGACGCGUGAUUGAAGAAAAACUAAUAGGAAGUUUGGAUAUCACAAGGCAUGUUAGUUACAAGAUAUGGCAUAGCUUCAGUGUCAUGUCAUUAAUGUCUGAGGUCAGCAGGUGCCAGACAUGGAAGCAUAUGGUGGAUAGACUUUUACAUCCUGCUGCCAAAGCUGCAGUGGAAUUAUUCCGGUCCAAGUUCAUGUUAAACACAGAUUUUGUAGAGAUCUAUGAAGAUGAAGAAGUUAAGUUGGCAAAUUUCCUUGCAGCUGAAGGACUUUUGGUUGUCAACGAUUUGACAAAGUUCAAAAUUGCAUCACCAUUGGUUGAAGUCCCGUAUUAUCCUUCGUCAGACACUUUGAACACUUUUGAAGUCUUAAAGCAUGCUCAAGCCCAUGUGCCUGUAAUAAUUCCAAUAAGAGAAAUGUACCACGAGAAAGUGUGUAUGAGGGAGAGAUGUGUCGAAUUCUGCGGAAUUGGCUUCUCCAGCAUGGAUUCCAAGUCACCGGGUGGCAUACUCCAUGAAGCUGGUAAACUUACUAAUAAAAUGUAUAGUGACAUCGUUCUCUCAAUGACCAGCGAUCGAACAAUUGUCAUAGAGCUCUUGUCCACAGCGACAAAGGGGCAACUCGAGGAACAUUUUUCUUGUUGGCCAUCAGAACAGCAGUUGGAGGAUGGUCUCCAAGUUGCACAUGUGUGGCAUGAUCUGGGGUUUGAAACGGUUCGGAUUAGCGCGCGCUGGCGAGAUGAGAAGAGUGUCCAGCGGGAAUUAUCGAUGAGGAAAUUUUCUGAAGAUGGGUUAGAAGAUGUGUGGGGAUGGGAUGGAAAGGAACAUAAUCGUAUAAGUAUGUGA